AUGAUCAUUGCUGACUGCGCAAAUCAUCGUAUCAUUCAAUGGAAGAUGGGUGAUACGAACGGACAAGUGGUCGCUGGUGGCCGGGGUCCGGGAAAUCGAUUGGAUCGAUUGAAUGGUCCAACUGACGUGUGUAUCGACGAAGAGACGAAUAGUCUCAUUAUUUGUGAUCGGGGCAAUCGACGAGUCUUACAAUGGUCUCGUCGUAGUGGGACCAUUCAAGGUGAAAUUCUCCUCGACAACCUCAGCUGUUGGGGAUUGGCCAUGGAUGACCAGAGAAAUCUCUACAUCUCUAAUAUUGAAAAUCAUGAAGUACGGCGCUAUCAAAUAGGAGACAAGAAUGGAACUCUUGUGGCCGGUGGCUAUGGAGAAGGUGAUGGUCUUAAUCAACUCAACGAGCCGAAAUACCUCUUUGUCGAUCAACAACAGACUGUCUAUGUGUCAGACAACAAGAAUCAUCGUGUGAUGAAAUGGAAUAAAGAGGCAAAAGAAGGAAUUGUCGUUGCUGGUGGCCAAGGCAAAGGGAAUGCUCUGACACAAUUGUCGUUUCCUCAAGGACUGUUUGUCGAUACAUUGGGUACCCUUUAUGUGUCAGACUGGGAGAAUGAUCGAGUUCUGCGUUGGCCUGAAGGGGCGAAACUAGGCACUGUUAUUGCUGGUGGAAAUGGUGCAGGAAAAGGAGCAAAUCAAUUGAACUAUCCCAGAGGUUUGCGCUUCGACCGGCAAGGCCAUCUCUAUGUCCUUGAUUGUGGAAAUCAUCGUACUCAACGAUUUUCAAUCGAAAAAACCUAA